AUGCGGCGGCGCGACCAAGAAAUGCAAGUUCGCGAUGAAAAGUUGAGCCGAGGCGAGAAUAAACUCUUCGCGCACCGACAUCUUUUAACGCUCUCCCGCUCGCCACGUGGGCAAGACGUCGUCGCCAAAAGGCUACGUCCCGCCGUCGAGAGGCCGGCGCUCGCCAGUGCCAACGUCUCGGGCAGCAGGGCCAGUGAAAAGGGCACAGCCCCGCCCUGGAACCGAACUACGACCACGCGCAAAGCCCAACGUCGUUACACGGGCCGCAACGUUACGUGCCCGCACACGGAAGCGACAGUCGAGCAGACGUCUCCUGUCGAUCCACCGCUGCCAAGGUUCCACCUGCAGCCCGUUCCUGCCAACGAGAGCACCGCCUUGCAAGGUUUUAACCUGCUGCCAGUCCCCCACUCCUGGCAAGCGCUAACACACACCACUCCAACGCGCCCGGCUGACGCGCGUGAGCCACGAGACGUGCUGCGAAGCAGGCUUUUCGCUGACCUCUACCCGGACGCGUACGCUGCCGCUGCCCUCGCUGCCGCGGCGGCCGACAGGUCAAGCGACUCUCCCGAGUUAUCCCCGGACGUACACAGAGACGAAAAGCGCCACGCAGCAGCCGUUGCCGUCGACCACGUUCCGGCUAACGACAACAUUACACACAGCUACCCGCCCGCGCCCAGCCCAGUCCUUUCAGACUCCCGCGUCAACUCCAGCGCUGGACUCAUGACCACCAUGGAACUACUUCCGUUUUGCCCUAAACACCCUGCCACAUGGUUCACGCAGGCCGAGCUCAUCUUCGCGAACAACAACACCACCUCCGAAGAUGUGAAGUACGCUCAAGUCGUCAAAGCGUUGGGGCCAAUCAUCGUCGACGGGCUGUCGGACAUCCUCGCAGCACCACCAGCAGAAAACAGGUACGAAGACCUUAAGAAACACGUCCUUGCGAGGUUCUCUGACUCCAAGGACCAACAGCUGCACAAGCUGUUCUCUGGACUGUCACUGGGCAACAAGAAGCCCUCACAGCUGUACCGCGAGAUGAAAAGCCUCGCUGGCAACAGCCUCACAGACGACAGCUUGAGGGUCAAGUGGCUGGACCUGCUACCUGCAGAGGCGCAACCUUUCUUGCGCAUCUUUAAAUCCACGUCACUCGACGAACUACUACAGGCCGCAGAUGAACUCGUCUGCAACUCUUCGUUCUUGCGAACAAAUCACACCUUCGCAGGUGUUUCGCCUGUCUCCUCAGGAUACGCCUCGCCUGUCCCACCACACCAACUGCACAACGAGAUACUGCUCCAGGAAAUCGCCGCGCUCAAGGCGAUGAUCACGCAGCUCUCUACAACCAACAAACAACUGCUCGAACUGCUUAAAAACAACAAGGGCAAUGGAGGUGCCAGAGGCCGGGACAGGUCGCGCAGCGGAGGACGGAACCAGUCCCCAGGUGCUCACGCCUGGUGCUUCUUCCACAGGAAGUUCGGCGUCAACGCCUACUCUUGGCUGCCUCCGACGCAGACGGCGGAGAUCACCCUUCCAACAGGGGAAACCCGUCUGCUUAUCAGAGACCACCACCUCAAGGUCGACUUCCUACUCGACUCUGGAUCUGUAGUGUCGAUCCUGCCCCGGCCGCCAAAUUUCAGCCAGGCCCAACAAGAGGCAUUGACCCUGUAUGCGGCCAACCACUCGCCCAUACACACUUACGGCAGCUGGAAGAUCAACCUCAACCUGGGCCUACGUCGAGACUUCCAAUGGGAGUUUAUCAUCGCCGACGUCGCCCAGGCCAUCAUCGGAGCCGACUUCCUGGCAGAACACGGUCUGCUCCCAGAUCUCAAACACAAGCGGCUCAUCAACCCGCUCACAGGUUUGGCUGUCCAGGGCAUCCUGUGCGACACCAACCUGCACUCGAUUGCGACAAUCAAACAACUGGGACCAGACGACCCUGACGUUGCCAGCCUCUACUGGUCCUUGCUGCGCGAAUUCGCCGACGUCUUCGCGUGCAGCAGCGCACCAGCGGUCAUCAACUGCCUCCCAGUCCAACAUCGGAUCAUCACCUGCGGCCAACCAGUCUUCGAGCGCCCCCGACGCCUCAUCGGUGAGCGACUAGCAGCGGCCAAAGCUGCUAUCAACGAGCUCCAAAACCAAGGGGUCGUCAGGCCAUCCAGCAGCCAGUGGGCUAGUCCACUGCACCUCGUGCCCAAGGCCAACAACUCCUGGCGCGUCACCGGCGACUAUCGCCGCCUAAACAGCAUAACAGUACCAGACAGGUACCCCCUCCCGAUCAUCGAGGACAUGCUACAAGAGAGCCAAGGUCAGGUUUUUACGGUCAUCGACCUACACAAAGCUUUUUACCAGGUGCCCAUCGCCAGCGGAGACGUAAAGAAGACGGCCGUCACGACACCCUUCGGCCUCUUCGAGUUCCUCGACACAUCACUCGGCCUCAGAAACUCCGCGCAAACAAUGCAUCGCACGAUGGACCAGCUGCUGCGCAAGCUUCCCUUCGUUAAGGCCUACAUCGACGACAUCCUCGUCGCGUCACAGACGCACGAGGAGCACCUUCAGCACCUCCGCCAGCUGUUCACCGUCUUGAAGCAAGCAGGCUUCAAGGUAAACCUGGCGAAAUGCACUUUCGGCAAACCUCAGGUCAUCUACCUGGGCUACCAGGUUUCGUCAGAAGGUUGCCGGCCACCAACAGCGAAGGUAGAAGCCAUCAAAGUUUUUCCCAAGCCAACCACAGCGUCCGAACUUCGACGGUUCCUGGGAGUAAUAAAUUACUACCGCAGGUGUGUCCCCCACGCCGCGGAACUGCAGGCGCCUCUCAACGAGCUGCUCAAGGGCCUGCCCAAAAAAGCUAAGCUCAAAUGGACCACACCAGCAUCCCAGGCGUUCGACAAAUGUAAGGCCAGCGUCAUUGACGCCGCUUGCACAACAUUCCUGGCCCCAGACGCCCCCUUGGCGCUCCGCACGGACGCCUCGAGCACAGCCAUCGGCGCGGCUUUGGAGCAGCUUCAACCGGAUGAGUCGUGGCGCCCUCUGGAAUUCUUCUCACACAAGCUAGACCCCACGCAGGCCAGGUACAGCACGUACGACAGAGAGCUCCUAGCAAUCUACGCCUCUGUUAAGCAAAUGCAGUUCUGA